AUGUGUACCUACCUGUGUGAGGAUCUGUCUCCUCUGUCUCCUCUGUCUCCUCUGUCUCCUCUGUCUCCUCAGUCUACCCAGUCUACCCAGUCUCCUCUGUCUCCUCUGUCUCCUCUGUCUACCCAGUCUCCUCUGUCUCCUCUGUCUCCUCAGUCUCCUCUGUCUCCUCUGUCUCCUCUGUCUCCUCAGUCUCCUCUCCCUUUGUGUCCUCUGUCUCUAUAUUUCCUCUUCCUCGGUCUCCUCAGUCUCCUCUGUCUCUUCUAUGUCCUCUUCUUCAGUCUUCUCAGUCUCCUCUGUCUCUUCUGUCUCCUCCCCCUCAGUCCCCUCAUGUCUCCGCUGUCUCCCCUGUGUCCUUUCUAUCGCUCAGGUUCUUACUCUUUUGGUGGAUGUAGUUUCCAUGGCAACAUUUACAUAAGCACUUUCCUCAACCCACUGCCUCAGAUUGUAAAACAGUCACAGGUCAAGGCAGCACGAUGGGAGCACCGCACACGCCGCCUCUCUGCUCUGUGUGGAAGUCCGUAUGUGGCCUGUUACAGUCUGGGCUUCACCAUCCUCCUGCUAAACGUGUGUCGCAGCCACAGCAUGACGGUGGCCAUGAAGAGCCAACCCCGCUGUGAGGCCCUGGAGCGGCCGGAGGUCUACUACACAGGGGUGGUCCUCAUGGUGGGGGGCACUGUGCUGGUAGUCUCCAGUUUCUUAGCUCUGGGCUUCACUGGAACCUUCCUCGGUGAUUACUUUGGGAUCCUGAUGGAGGAGAAAGUCACAUGUUUCCCCUUUAACCUGAUGGAAAACCCCAUGUAUUGGGGCAGCACGGCCAACUACCUCGGGUUAGCGCUGAUAGGUUCCAGUCCUGUGGGUCUGGUCCUGACGGCUGCUGUGGCUCUGACCUACAAGGUGGCUAUACACUAUGAAGGAGCAUUCACAGAGCACAUCUAUCAGGACAGAAGUCGGCGAAACAAACAGCAGUAA